AUGGAUUCUCUUACCACACACCCUUCGAAUGCGCAGCAGGCUCGUGCCUUCACUGCUACCUCGUCCCUGUCCUUCCCUGGUGGGGCUGGAGAUCUGACCCCUCCCAACUCCGAGAAGGAAGCUCUGGCACAGGGUGUCAAUGCUCAGGUCAACGGUCAGCAGGCCGGCAAUGCCUCCAACGGCACCGGGGUGACUCCCGCGUCUCCUGCGACUCCAGCCGCGACCCCUGGCGCAACCACCGGAAGCUCGGGCAUCGUCCCUACCCUGCAGAACAUCGUGGCUACCGUCAACUUGGACUGCCGUCUUGAUCUCAAGACCAUCGCGCUUCACGCUCGCAACGCCGAGUACAAUCCUAAGCGUUUUGCCGCUGUGAUCAUGCGUAUCCGUGAACCCAAGACGACGGCCCUUAUCUUCGCCUCUGGCAAGAUGGUCGUGACCGGUGCCAAGUCGGAAGAUGACUCGAAGCUUGCCUCGCGCAAGUACGCCCGUAUCAUCCAGAAGCUCGGCUUCAAUGCCAAGUUCACCGAUUUCAAGAUUCAGAAUAUCGUCGGCUCUUGCGAUAUCAAGUUCCCUAUCCGUUUGGAGGGACUGGCCUCUCGUCACCACAACUUCAGCUCUUACGAGCCUGAACUCUUCCCUGGUCUGAUCUAUCGCAUGAUGAAGCCCAAGAUCGUUCUCUUGAUCUUCGUCAGUGGCAAGAUUGUCCUGACUGGUGCUAAGGUCCGCGAGGAGAUCUACCAGGCCUUCGAGCUGAUCUACCCUGUGCUUUCUGACUUCCGCAAGGUCUAA